AGCAAAGAGGACGUUCCUGAGCCUCAGGCCCGCUUGGGCCGUCUCUACCUGUACAGUUGCAGUGGCCCCUCUGCUUGCUCGGUGACUGAGAUUCAAAGACGAGACACGUCUGCCAUCCUGGACAUGAAAUGGUGCCACAUCCCGGUGGCUGGCCACGCCCUCUUGGCUGUGGCCUGUGCCGAUGGGCUCAUAGGGCUAUACCAGCUGCUGAGAUCCAAGGUAUGUGAGCUCUCAGGUCCCCCGGGAGCGAAGGAGAGCGAGAGGGGGCGGCGGCGGCCGGAGCCGGGGGCUGCCCUCCAGGUUCCCGGGUGGCGCUUGCAGCGGUUUGUGCCCCAGGAGACCGCCUACCGCCUGCAGCCGCUCACCAGCUUUGCCCUGAGCAAGCAGGGUCUGGCCUUGUCCCUGGAUUGGUCCACCGGGAAGGCGGGAAGGGACAGCUGCCAGCCCUUAAAGAUCAUCAGCAGCGACUCCAAGGGCCAGCUGCACCUGCUCCAGCUGGGCGAGGCGGGGUCCCAGCUGCAUGAGGUGGCCGCCUGGCAGGCGCACCAGUUCGAGGCCUGGAUCGCGGCUUUCAAUUACUGGCAGACGGACGUGGUGUACUCCGGUGGGGACGACGCCUUGCUGAAAGGCUGGGACACCAGGGUCCCCAGCGCAUCGGUGUUCACCAGCAAGAGACACGGCAUGGGGGUGUGCAGCAUCCAGAGCAACCCCCACCGGGAGGGCAUCCUGGCCACCGGGAGCUAUGACGAACACGUGCUGCUGUGGGACACGCGGAGCAUGAAGCAGCCGUUCGCAGACGUGCCCCUGCAGGGCGGGGUGUGGCGGCUCCGGUGGCACCCUGUGCACAGCCACCUGCUGCUGGCGGCCUGCAUGCACGGAGGCUUCAGCAUCAUCGACUGCCGGCAGGCCACGGAGAAGAAGCAGAACAUGUGCACCAUCUGUGUGUCCCACACGCUGCCCAGGUCCCUGCUGUAUGGAGCCGACUGGUCCUGGCUCACCUUAUGCCGUCUGCCUGAGGAGCAGCUGUCAUCCCACUCAGCGCCCUUACCCGGCUGCUCCCUAGUGGCCAGGACGGGAGACGAGGGUGGAGGCCAGUGGCCAGGACCUCCCUGUCCUGGCAGUCUCGCAGAAGUCACGAGUGGAAGCAAGGAAAGUCCUCCCCUGCCGUCCACAGAGGCGAGGAGCAUCAGCAGCCAGCGGCACAGCCCAAGGACCAAGAUCCGUGUCUGUGACCCAAGAGUGGGAAGACCCGACCUCGACAUCAACCUGCUGGCCACAUGCUCCUUCUACGACCACGUUCUCCACCUCUGGAGGUGGGACAGCAGCUGAGCCAGGGAGCUGCCCGGCUCGGGACCACAAAGGCCAGGCCGUGAACGAGCUGCCUCAGACCCUCCUAGGCACAUGCUUGGGUUGUGGGCUCCAUCCCCAGCCGGGGGGGGGGGGGGGGGGGGGGGGGGCGUGCGUGCAGGAGGCAGCUGAUCCAUGAUCCUCAUCAUUGAUGUUGCUCUGUCUCCCUCCCCCUCUGAAAUCAAUUAAAAACAAGCACAAAAUACUGAGAUUCUGGCCGGGAGUGCCUCUCCCAGCUCUCAGGCUUGUCUUCUGUGGAUCUUCCAAUUCUUCCCACUCGUUUAAGCAUCGUUUACAGUAAUUACACCAGCACUGUUAAAAGAUCACCCACCCCACGGAGGCACCGGAGGCGCUCCUG